AUGGGGACGGCUGCCCUGGGCCUCCUCUGGGCAGCGCUCCUGCUCCUUCUCUCGGUGUCUGGACUCCCCACCGAGGAGCCCACCUCUGGGGAAGCUGUGGCCUCUAGUUCCCCUGGGCCCUGUCGACGGUGCUGUGACUCUGAAGACCCCAUGGUCCUUGCCGAUGCUGCGCAUGUGUCCUCAGCCUCUCCGUCUGCCCUCCCAUAUGUGCUGCCUGAGGUCAGGCCCUACAUUAACAUCACCAUCCUGAAGGGUGACAAAGGAGACCGAGGCCUGCUGGGCUCACCUGGGAAGCUGGGCAGGGAGGGUCCCCGGGGGGACCGUGGCCCCCAGGGCAUCAAGGGUGCCAAGGGGCAGGCGGGCAGCCCUGGCAGUCCAUGCCAGAUGCGCUUCUCAGCCUUUUCGGUGGGCCGCAAGACGGCCCUGCACAGCAGCGAGGGUUUCCAGCCGCUGCUCUUUGACACGGUCUUCGUGAACCCUGACGGGCACUUCGACCUUGCUGCCGGCCACUUCGUCGCCCCUCUGCGUGGCCUCUACUUCUUCAGCCUUAACGUGCACAGCUGGAACUUCAAGGAGACCUACGUGCACGUGGUGCACAACGACAAGGCAGCCGUCAUCCUGUAUGCGCAGCCCAGCGACCGCAGCAUCAUGCAGAGCCAGAGCGUGAUGCUGGCCCUGGCCCCGGGUGACCGCGUCUGGGCACGGCUCUUCAAGCGCGAGCGUGAGAAUGCCGUCUACAGUGACGACAUAGACACCUACAUUACCUUCAGCGGCCACCUCAUCAAGCCUGAGGACGAUUAG